GAGUCGACCGAGGGCGUUCCUGUCCGGGCUGCAGCGGCGGGAGUUCGCAUCCUAGGAGCGGCCUGACACUCCACCCACCUCGACAUGGGACGGUGUGCGUGCGACUAAGCAAGCCCAGUCACCCCACGAACAACCGGGACAGGUAGCUCACACCUUGCCCUCGGAUGGAGACCUAGGCGAACCAGGGUCAGGGACCGUGGGGCUCCUGUGUGCAGCCACCCACGGACAGUCUUUUUGCAUCUGUCGAUGGGAGCUGUCCCUCUCCUCUGCUUGUCAGCUCAAGCCAAGACGGCAGGGACCUGGGCGGAGCCUUGGGUGAGGACCAGAGGGAGGGGACUUCACCUCACAGAUGCAGUCCAGCCCCUAACCACUUGUGUCCACCCAGGCAGGAUGUCCAGGCUGUCUGGAGUGACACCAGGGGCAAGGAGGGCACAUGGGGCCCUGACUGUAGCCUGAAGUGUGGGGAUUGAAUCAGGACUGAGGCAGGCGCCUUCUGUGCAGGACCCUCAUAUUUUCACCUGUUCUCUCCUUUUUGCUUCACUGGAUAGGUGCUGGCAGCCCAGCGCCCCAGGAGGUCAGGACAGGAGCUGGGGACCUAUAUCUAACCUUUCCCAGGAGUUGAGAACUGCAAAUGUUUGGCCAGCACCUGAGCUGGGCCCCACCCUGAUUUGGGGGUAGGAGCUGGGCAGCACUCAGUCCCUGGGUCUAGGCCUCCCCUAGGUGCCCUUCACACCCAGGCUUUGCUGAGAGUCAUUGGAGGGUUAGGGUUAGGGGGCCUGGAGGAUUUCUGGUCCCAGUGCGUGACCUAAGUUUUCAUGUAUCACCAGCUCUUGGGGAGGGAUCCGGAGCCUGGAUGUCACUGGGUGAAAUUGAUGAGCUCCCUUCCUCCUCCCCAGGGAGCCCAGUGGAGGCGCCCUCCCGGAGCACUCCUGCCCAUGCUGACUACCCAGCCCUCCAGCUGCUGAUGUCAUGAGUAACACCACAGUGCCCAAUGCCCCCCAGGCCAACAGUGACUCCAUGGUGGGCUAUGUGUUGGGGCCUUUCUUCCUCAUCACCCUGGUCGGGGUGGUGGUGGCUGUGGUAAUGUAUGUCCAGAAGAAAAAGCGGGUGGACCGACUUCGCCAUCACCUGCUCCCCAUGUAUAGCUACGACCCUGCUGAGGAGCUACACGAGGCUGAGCAGGAGCUACUUUCUGACGUGGGAGACCCGAAGGUGGUGCAUGGCUGGCAGUGUGGCUACCAGCACAAGCGGAUCCCCUUGCUGGAUGUCAAGACCUGACACCCCUGCCCUGGUCUUCAAAACCAUGGGGUCCUGCAGUGUCCAGGGAUCUGCUGCCUGCUGCUUCCCCCUCCCACUUGCUC